UCACGACGAUGUUUACUAUUCGCCUACUGAUCUAUAUACUUGCUGUUAAUGGACUGGUGAGCGGUUUGCAUGAGACGUCCUUGGUCUCUCGAUGGGUAAGAGGAUGUCCAGAUGGACAACAGUUAUCUUGGAUUUCAAGCACAUAUCACUGGAUUAGAGGAACAUCUGAUCGUAAAUGGGUACUGGAAUGCGCACCAUCUCCUCUCCGACUAUACGCGUGCUUCUGGACAGAUAUAGUAAAUGGUUUUGAUGAAGACGUGAAUUUCGACUGUAAAAAAGGGAUCAUCACAGGAAUGGAGGCAUCUGGAUAUAGUCGCACAAGCUCUGAUCGAAGGUUCGCGUUUAGAUGCUGCGAGACAGAGGAUUCUCUCGGGAAUGAGUAUACCACCGACUAUGUGAAUGGAAACAGAGAAAACUUUAAGUACACAGUGAAAAAUGGAGAGUUCAUAACAGGAGUGUACAGUCACCAUACGAAUGGAGCCGGCUACGAGGACAGGCGAUGGAAGUUUGAUAUAAAGAAGAAGUUAUGAAUGGGUUUUUCUAUCACACCAAGUUUUGCGGCAAGAAUUGUAGUAGAGAACCUGUAGUUGGGAUUAGUAAAGGACAGUUGAGUUUUGUUUGUCUGUUCCGUGCUUUUUACCCUACUUUU